CUCUCUUUUAGCUGCAGCGCCGGGCGACGCCUGUGCCCUCCUUCCCGUACAGCCUACUGCUUUCGCUCUCCCGCUGUGUGCUUUUUUUGUAUCCUCUUGCUCUCAUUUUCGCAAUUUUCGCAAAACAUUUGUCUGUGGGUCAUAUUUCACCGGAGAGAGCCGAUAAACCGGCAUCAUGGCGCGAGUCUAUGCGGAUGUGAAUCAGCAAAUGCCCAAAUCAUAUUGGGAUUAUGACAGCGUGAACAUAUCCUGGGGUGUGCUAGAAAACUAUGAGGUUGUAAGGAAAAUCGGUCGCGGGAAAUACUCUGAAGUUUUCGAAGGGAUAAACGUGGUUAAUUACCAGAAAUGCGUUAUCAAAGUCUUGAAGCCGGUGAAGAAAAAGAAGAUCAAGAGAGAGAUCAAGAUCCUACAAAAUCUGUCCGGUGGGCCCAAUGUUAUACCUCUAUUAGAUGUCGUCCGUGACAGCCAGAGCAAAACCCCCAGCUUAGUUUUCGAAUACGUUAACAACACCGACUUUCGAACGCUCUACCCCCGAUUUGUCGACUAUGAUGUGAGGUAUUAUAUCUUUGAAUUACUGAAGGCUUUGGACUUUUGCCAUAGUAAGGGCAUAAUGCAUCGAGAUGUUAAGCCCCAUAACGUCAUGAUAGAUCACGAACGUCGAAAACUCCGACUUAUAGACUGGGGAUUGGCUGAGUUCUACCAUCAGGGAAUGGAGUACAAUGUCCGUGUCGCAUCGCGGUAUUUCAAGGGACCAGAACUCCUUGUGGAUUUCCAGGAAUACGACUAUUCACUCGACAUGUGGUCGUUGGGGGCUAUGUUUGCCUCAAUGAUAUUUCGGAAGGAACCCUUUUUCCACGGUAAUAGCAACUCAGAUCAGUUGGUCAAAAUUGCAAAAGUCCUGGGUACAGAUGAGCUAUUUGAAUACCUCGACAAGUACGACAUUGAGCUUGAUCCUCAGUACGAUGAAAUCCUUUCGCGUUUUCCCAAAAAGAGCUGGCAUUCAUUUGUCAAUGCCGAAAAUCAGAGAUUCGUCAGUUCUGAAGCUAUAGAUUUCCUGGACAAAUUGCUCAGAUAUGACCAUGCUGACCGUCUCACUGCUCAAGAGGCAAUGGCACACCCAUACUUCGCCCCUGUCCGAGCCGCAGCGGCCCAAGCACUCUAGACCAACAGCUGAACAUCUAGUCAUCCUUGAUCUCUCCCAUCUCUAAAUGGCUGCCCCUGUAUUCGCCAUUCACUCACCAUUUCUCGUUACUUUUUUUUGGCCCUUUACCCAAGCCUCUAUUUUUCACUUUACGCACCCCUCUCAUCCUUUUCUCGCGCGAACAAGUCCUAGGCUACAAAAAGAAAUACUAGCAUUAGGUUUAUAGCAGAUGUUGCGACGUCACUUACGAGGCCCUCCUUCAUGACCAUUCAAGAAGUACAUGAUGAAGAACUACUUUAUGAGACACUGCCUUUUCUACAUUUAUUAUGUCCUGUUCCUUUUUUCCCAUUUCCCAUUUCCUUUUUAAUUAAAAUCGGGUCUCCUACACACGUUUCUGAAUU